AUGGCAAUCAAGCACGACGCUCCUGAGCGCAACAAUCUCCACGGCCACGACACUUCCUCUUCCGAAGUUCGAAACAACCCUACCGCCGAACGAGAUGGCUAUCUCAUACCCGAGCACGACGAAUCAGGCUACCGGAUCCGCGAACAACCCUACGGCACCAAACGUCAAGUCAAAGUGAUUCUCAUGGGCGCCGGUGCUUCUACCCUCAACUUUCUCAAAAAAGCAGAAGAACAGAUGACCAAUCUCGACAUUACGGUAUACGAGAAGAACCACGAUAUAGGAGGUACCUGGUUAGAGAAUAGGUAUCCCGGCUGCGCGUGUGAUAUUCCCUCUGUGAAUUAUCAGUUCAGUUGGGCGAUUAAAUUGUGGACGCAUUUUUACAGUUCUAGUCCGGAGAUCUGGGAGUAUUUGAAAGGAUUGUAUGAGAAGGAUGGGUUGACGAAGAAGUACGUGAAGCUACGGCAUCAAAUUGAGCGGGCUGAAUGGGAUGAGCGAGCUGGGCAAUGGGUGUUGUUGGUGAAAGAUUUGGUUUCUGGGGAGGUAUUGGAGGAUCGGGCGGAGUUCUUUAUCAACGCCGGUACACAGACCGACGGCCGAGGCCAAACUGUCGUAUUCUGGAUGGAGAGCUAAUGUUGGCAGGUGGUGUGCUCAACAACUUCAAGUGGCCCCAUGUGGAGGGCAUCGAAGACUUCCAGGGGAAGCUGAUGCAUUCUGCAGCUUAUGAGGAAGGAUACGAUUUGAAAGACAAGAAAGUAGCAGUCCUCGGUGCUGGAAGUUCAGGCGUACAGAUCGUCUCGAAGAUUCAACUCGAGGUCAAACAGCUCUAUCACUGGAUCCGCUCACCCAUCUGGAUCACGGCGGGGUUUGCUCAGACUUGGGCUGGCGCUGACGGAGCGAACUUUGCAUAUACGCCGGAGCAGCUGCAGUAUCUGGAGCAGCAUCCAAAGAAAUAUAUGGAAUACCGGAAGCAAGUGGAAAAUGAACUGAAUCAGAGGUUCAAGUUCAUCAUCAAGGGAAGCAAAGAAGCAAGCGACGCGCGGAACUUCGCGUAUGAUCAGAUGGCUCGCAAACUCCAGGGUGACGCCCGUCUCUGCGACAAGAUCAUUCCCAAGGAUUUCAAUCCCGGCUGCCGUCGUCCAACUCCUGCGCCCGGCUAUCUCGAGGCUCUCGUGGCCCCGAAUGCCACCAUCUUCACCGAGGCCGUGAAGAAGUUCACACCCUCCGGCUUCAUAGACCAGGAAGGCAACGAGCACGAAGUCGAUGUCGUGAUCACAGCAACAGGCUUCGACACAUCAUGGCUCCCACGCUUCCCCUUCCUCGCCCACGGCGUAGACCUCCGAGACAUCUGGACCCCAGAAGCCGGCGUCACAUCCUACCUCUCCAUUGCAAUCCCCACCUUUCCCAACCACUUUUCCUUCUGUGGCCCAUACGGUCCCCUCGGACACGGCUCCUUCAUGCCCCUCAUCGAACGCUGGACCCAAUAUAUAUUCGACGUCAUCACGAAAGCACAGGUCGAAAAUAUCAAGUCUUUCACUCCCAGAAUGAAGCCUGCCGCCAUGUUCCGUCAGCAUGCCGAUCUCUUCUUGCAGCGGACCGCGUGGACGAGCCCUUGUGCGAGUUGGUUCAAGCAGGGGAAGAAAGACGGCCAGGCGGGGAUUUAUCCGGGCAGUCGAUUGCACUUCUUGCAUCUGAUGGAGAGGCCUAGGUACGAAGAUUACGAGAUUGAAACUUGGGACGAUAACGUCUUUGCAUUCCUGGGCAAUGGUGAGUUCCAGCAUGAUGUUUCAUAAUGUGGAUUGGAGAGCUUUCGUUGACGUUCUGGGGCGCAUAGGCUUCGAUACCCGUGAGUUUGAUGGAAGGGAUAUCACGAAUUGUGAGUGCAAGUUCAUUUCCGUUAUCCAGUCUCUACCGCAUGGCUCUCGGCUGACCAGAGCUCUUAGAUCUUGGCAAUAUCGAUGAAGAAGGCGAAGAUGUGCAGCCAGUCUAUGGCGAAGAGUUGAUGAACAAGAUGGCGGGUUGGGCGGUUGGAAAAUGA